GGGAACCAGGAAGGCAGGAAGCUACUGUAAACUCCCUGGGACGGAAUGGCCGAGGCUAGCAGAGCCAGUCAUCCCAGGCUGGGAGAAAUCACACCAUCCUCAAAGCCUCAUCCACCUGUUGUGGGCAAAGUGACUCAUCACAGCAUUGAAUUAUACUGGGAUCUGGAGAAGAAAGUCAAGCGGCAGGGACCCCAGGAGCAGUGGUUCAGGUUUUCUAUUGAAGAAGAAGACCCCAAAAUGCACACUUAUGGUAUCAUUUAUACGGGAUACGCGACUAAGCAUGUUGUGGAAGGUCUGGACCCACGGACCCUGUACAGGUUUCGACUGAAGGUCACCAGCCCCUCCGGAGAGCAUGAGUACAGCCCGGUGGUCUCAGUAUCUACGACCAGAGAACCCAUAAGUAGUGAACACUUGCAUAGAGCUGUCAACGUGAACGAUGAAGAUUUGCUGCUUCGAAUACUACAAGGAGGCAACGUGAAGGUUGAUGUUCCCAAUAAGUUUGGCUUUACCGCUCUGAUGGUCGCUGCCCAGAGAGGAUACAUCAGGCUUGUGAAAAUCCUCGUUUCUAACGGCGCAGAUGUGAAUCUGCAGAAUGGAAGUGGCAAGGACAGUCUAAUGCUUGCGUGCUACGCAGGACACCUAGAUGUUGUGAAAUACCUCCGAAGACACGGUGCUUCUUGGGACACUAGAGACCUAGGAGGCUGUACAGCUCUGCACUGGGCUGCAGAUGGAGGCCACUGCAAUGUGAUUGAGUGGAUGAUAAAGGACGGCUGUGAGGUGGACACCACGGACGCUGGCUCGGGGUGGACCCCGCUCAUGAGAGUCUCCGCGGUCUCGGGGAACCAGAAGGUCGCCUCUCUGCUGAUUGACGCAGGCGCGGAUGUGAACAUGAAAGACAAAGACGGGAAGACCCCUCUCAUGGUGGCCGUGUUGAAUAACCAUGAAGAAUUAGUCCAGUUACUUCUUGACAGAGGGGCAGACGCAAGUGUGAAAAAUGAGUUUGGCAAAGGUGUCCUAGAAAUGGCCAGAGUUUUUGACAGAAAGAAUGUCGUCUCCUUAUUAGAAGAAAUGAAAAAAAAGCAAAUGCCGAAGAAGUCAUCUGUUCGCUGACCGCGGGGCACCUCUUACCUCCCUCCGAAAGCCAAGUGAAACGAAGCAAAAUGGGACUUGAACUAGAGAGAUGAAAUUCUGCAUCUUUGAGGGCUAUACAUUUGAUUAAUUAUUUAGUGAAGAUUCACAGUACUUUUGUAACAUACAACUGUUCUCACUUUGAAAUACAUCUUUUUACCUAA